CAAAACAGUUCAAGUCAUGCAUUUCCGAUUCACUCUGAUCUGCAUAGCAGUAGUGGUUUCCAGUAUCUCCGGAAACCCAUCCCAAGAGCCAAUGGAAUUUGAUAUCAAAAUUGGAUUGGGCAAGCGGUUGAGAUUGCACGUUGGCAACCUAGUGCAUGCGGCUUACCGGUGGCGUCGUAAUGGGGGGCCGGUUUCGGAAAAAUGUGAAAUUACGUCGGGACCGAACUCCAGCAUUCUGAUUUGUCCGGAUUUCGAUUGGUCCGACGAGGGACAGUAUGAGUAUCACGUGUUUAGCGAGGACGGACAAAGCCAAAUCCUGAUGAGGGUUAACGUGAAAGUUGUGGACUGUACGGAACCACCAGCGAAGUUGCAACAGAAGGAGGAACCUAGAGAACUGAAAACUACUGUCGAUGAAUGUUUUUGUUCCGGCAUUACCAAUCGUUGCCGAAAGGCUGAGCAUCUAUUCAGGAAGCAGAUCAUUGUUUACGUCACAGAAGCACAUAUGGUUGAUCUGACAAUAAGUAAUGGUAGAAUUCUGGAUAUAGACAACAAGGAUGUACGGGAGGCAUGGACAUAUUACGAACUUCCAGUUGAUCUUACUGGAAAUUUACUUAAAUCAUAUGGAGGGUACUUUGAAUAUCCCAAUAACGAUGACGAUGUUGAUGAGGACAGUCCAGAUGUCAUAUUGAAAGGACACAUCUACACUGUAGUUUAUCACAAUCGGCGCGAGUUGCUGAGUGAAGAAUCUGGUGUUAACAAGAUUGCAAUGAGAGAGGAAAAUUGGCGCCAUCUGAAUGGAAGUGGAAUUGUUUCAAAGCACGUUUUCAUGGCAGUUCUUUCGAAAGUGGACUCAUUUUAUCUAAAAAGCAAUCUGUAUCGACAAAUUAAUCCGCUGCGGAUCGUACUUGAUAGUGCCGAUGAGCAGGAUCACGGUCUGGGAACAGUAAAAACGGUGGAAGAGUGCCAUUGUCGGGAGGGAUACACAGGGUUGUCAUGCGAAAGUUGCGCACCGAAAUACCGUCGUCGAUCCGCAGUCGGUAUUCAAGGGAUCUGCGUUUCGAUGACAGAAAGGUUGAAAUCAUUAAAGGUCGAGCUUGGUUUGCGAUCGUGGACGGAGUUAACGAGAGGUGGAGUAUGACCAAAAAGAAUGUAUUCAGAAAUGGUAGUUGAAUAACGCAGUAGUACAGAACAAAACUUGUAUAAUUCUGGAAACAUUAAAAAAAAUAUCAUUCGACCGAUUCUUUUUUUAGUUUCUCAUGAUCGUGCGUCGUCAAGAGCGUCGAAAAUUCAACGUCCAGAUGUGAACAAGAACAAUGUAAACAAACCCACAAUGACAUUAGUUUGACUGCCGGAUUAUCGAACCGACACUAGAUACUCCGGUCGUGAAUUCGUUAGAUUAGAUUAGCGGGGUGGUACUGUAAUAUCACACGCGUACUAACUUGUAUAAUCGCUAAUUAGCAGCCAAUAAACUCGCUCAGCGUUAUCGAGCA